AUCAUAUAUAAAUUGGUCAUUCCGUACACCCCGGCAGCUCGUAACUCGCCAGGAAGUGUAACAGUAGGUUCCAACCUCUAGGCAGGUAACUUUAAAAACAGAUUGUGGUAUGUCGGUAGCCUAUGUUGGACAAAAUAAUUCAAUAUCGAUAUAGGGAUGAAUUUGACAGUAGAAAGUAACAAGAGGCAUUUUAAACAAGAAACGAUAUCAAAUUAUAAUGCCAGUGUGAGUUGUAAUUAAAAUUACAGAUGAGCAUCAAACUUAAAUUCUUAAAAGCCAAAUUCUUGGCUUUGUCAUUCGAUUAUUGUUGCUUUUUACUAAGUUUUCAGUAAUGCUGAAACACUUCAUUAAAUAUAUAUGCGCAACUGCCGGUAUUCAAUAUGUGUUGAUCAAGGAGGCUAUUGUUCUAGAGUUGCCUUUUCACCCACAUAUUUAUAUAUUAGCUGACUCAAUGAAGCCCGGAUGUUCAAUGUCUAGGUUAUGGCUAAAAAACAAAAAGAAGGGCAAUACGUAUUAGUGCACUAUCAUGUUAUCUCCCCUCCGCCAACUCUUCGGUUAGAAUAAUUCGGUUAGAAUAACUUAUAGGUUAGAUGAUUUAACCAUCUAUAUUUGUCUGUUUCAUUAAUAAUAAUUUCCCACUAAGAUAUACAAAUGAAGUUGCGGCAAUCACCUAACCAAACUUAUAAUAAUCUAACUUCAGUGGCAUUAACCGGAUAUUAUUCCGGGGUAGAUGCAUGAUUACAUUUUCAUGAGAACAGUUGACUAUGGUGUUUUCACUCACUCUGUACAUAUGAAAUUAUAUACGCGAGCGUUAUGGCAUUUUCAAAGAUUAUAACGCUAGUCCCGAUGGCUGCAUCCUAUGCCCACCGUAUCACCCAGUGUUUAAUAUAUUGAGUUGCAAUCCCCAAGCACACAGAUUUAAAUUCGUCCGAAAAUAGUGUCAUGUUAUGUACCAGUGGCUGCUUGUCUAUAGCGUUGUUUGUCGUUUCUGGUACAAACUCGCAUUUGAAUAAAAUAAAUAAACAUUGUCCCAUAAACAUCUACAAGUUAAUCCACGUCAAAUGUAUAUAUAUUAUAUAUAUUGCGAAAGUGUGAUUCUCGUAUAGUUUAAUAAUUAGCGGACUCUUAGAGACUCUCUCGAAAGUAACGCACGUUUAUAAAAAUAUUUUAACGUCAAAACAAUCUGGUUUAAUUGGAUACAUUAUGUACUAUGACUAUAUACCUUCAUUUUGAUCUCAAAUACAGUGGGGCAUUCGACUGUUGGCUUCAUCAAUAAAAUAACCCGGCGUUCACGUCAAUUUUGGGGAGAUUAAGUUGUGCUUUGUUUUAAAUAUGAGAUUGUUGAUUAAACACAUAUAUGGCUGAAAACUAGAUUUUCAUAUAUACAUGAGAUAACUAAACCGUGUUGUCGAGACCGAUUUGACGCGCAUUCUGAUUUUGAACUACAGACCUUCGUGCGUUUAAGUUCAUUGUUUUCUCCUUACGAUUCUUUAAUCAUAAAAUUUAAUAGCAAAUAAAUUUUAAUGCCAAAUCCCUUUAAAUAACACCAAGAAGUGUAGUAAUUACCUACACAAUAAGAGCUGAAAAUGCGAAAUGAAUUAGGUCAAACCGUAAACAAACAUUUAAAAACAAUUGGUAUUUUGAAAAGGGGGACUAUAUACAUUGUACAUUAUACGUAAUGAUAAGAUGUUAUUGCAGCAGACUAUCAGCAACUAUUUAAGGCACAUCCCAUUCAAUUUGAAUUCAUGCAGAUUUUAGCUUUCAGAGAUGUACGAAUAUGGAUUAUUUUUUUGCUGAAAUCGAAUUGUAUGGCCUGUCUUAUGUGCCUGUGUCAUUCUCUCCGUCGGAUCUUGCAUGAGCUCAUUCGCCCCACUUCGUCUAUGAGCGAAACAUAUAUACCAGUAUUAUCAAUUAUUUUUCAGAUAAUUACUAAUACAUUAUAAUAUUAUAGGGAAGAAAAUUCCAGUUUUAUGCUAGAAUGAGGUCACCUUUGGUAAUUAAUAGUGUUUGCUCUUAUUUUCGUCCAUUGUCUUUCGGAAGACUCGAUACGGAGAUCUUUAAAUUGAAACCCCAACCCAACGCAGUUCGAAACUCAAACAACUAUGCCAUCGCCAGAUGUAGAUGCGAAAAUCGAUUAGCCGAUGUAAAUAAUGAAAAAUUACAUGGAGUACUUAGAUAUUGUACAUUGAACUGCAGGAAACGGAGUUGCCAUAUUUUACAAAUGGAAGAAGUUUUCACUUGUUGGGCACAAUACGUUUCCAGUCCAUCUGGAAAUGUGGCUCUAGCUUCAGUUCUGAGGCUAAAAACAAAUGCAUAUUCACUAGAAACAUCUCCGAGGCAAAGAGGAAACCCAGUUAUAAUUAUUAAUUGUCAUCUGGAAACUGGGUAUUCGGCGAAUCAGAUCAAAGUUAGAGUCAGUCAGAGCCUUGUAAUGAUGAAAGAGGCGAAGAGGAUAUAUACAGAAAUCAAAACUAGGUUUCCGACUUCUAUUCCAAACGUUAUGAUUACGGGAGACAUGAACACUGGAAAUCAGUUACCUGCUUCCACAAGUUUUCUUGACAACAUAUAUGUAGAUGUUCUACUGGUGAGUCAAUUGAGGGAGUCUGGAACUGGAACGGAUACAUUUUUCUAUCCCGUACCAUUUCUUAUUCCUGGUUUGGGAGUUUGAACUGAAAUUCCCAUUGAUCAUAGAAGAUCAGAUACAUUCAUACGUGGGUCGGACAUGACAAAUGGAUUAAUCAAAAUUUUAUCCGUCGUGAUACCUGAUAUUAAAUCUGAUCUUCUAAAUAAAGAAAACUACAUCGAAGUCGAGUUAGAGGAUACACCAACGGUAGGCAAACCGCGGCCCGCGAGACACAUGCGGCUCGCCGGAGUUUUUAUGCGGCUCUUCUCGCUGGCAAUAAUUAUAUAUUAUCCAAACUAAAAGAAACUGUAGCGUAACAGUUUUUUGUUUCUUUAAUUUAUUAAUCGUUUGAAGAAUAUACACUUUGCAAUAUUGUCAUUAUACGUUUGUGUAAAGUUCUUUUCACUUCACGGUAUUCUGAUACAGUAUUAUUAAUUUCAAAAAUUAUGCGGCUCUCACAUGUUUCUGUCUUGCGGUAUGCGGCUCUUAUACUAAAAAAUGUUGCUCACCCCUGGGAUAUACCAAUGUAAUCAGUUUUCUCCUGAAAUCUUCACCAUUCUCAAAUUUAUAGGAAAUAUCGAAAGAGGGAUCAGAAUAUGAUACGAAUGUCAAUCGUGUUUUUCGAAUGGGAUCAGAUCAUUUGCCUAUCUUGAUCGAAAUCGACAUAAAACUAUAAAUAUCUGUGCAUUUUUUUCAUUUUGCUACUAUAUUACGAAACAGAAAAAUGCGCAAUAUAUUCUACAGUUCGCACGUUGAUCCUGUUUAAUACGUUUUAAUUACAAUUGGGUUUUAAAAGAAUUUGAAUGUUUUUUCCAUGAAAAAUUGCAUUUGUUGAACACUCUUUCAAAGUUAUCUCUGUAGCUCUUCGUGAUUUUUUCUGUUUCUCUACUGUUUCUUUUCUCUCUCGUUUUAUCGGAUUUAAUAUUAUUACUUUGAAUGAAAAUAUGAAUCUGAAGAUGAACAUAAA